UACCUAUAUUACAUUUCCAGGAAGACAGAUGAUGUCACCGUCAUCCUAGAUAUCUUUACACUAUGAAGGACUUUGCUGACUCCAUCUCUUUUCUUGGUCAGUGGGGACGUUUCCAGCAGGUUGUCUUCUUCCUGCUUUGUGUGAGCCUCGUGCCGAAUGGAUUUGGUACUUUCAUUCUCGUUUUCCUGACGGAUGUGCCAGGACAUCACUGUGUUGUUCCUGGUUUCAACCUUACCGAAGACUGGAAUACAACCAUCAUACCAAUAAAGGUGGUGAAUGGGAAACAGGAGCAGAGCAGGUGCAGCAGGUACAGGCUGGAUGUGGUCAGAAACCUCUCUGCUCAGGGCUUCAUUCCUGGCAGGGACGUCAACCUCACCGAACUGGAGCAGGAGGGCUGUGUGGACGGGUGGAGCUACAGCAAAGACAUCUUCCAGUCUACUCUGGUCUCUGAGUUCGACCUGGUGUGCAGUGAUGAGUGGAAGCAGCCGUUCACCGCCACAGUUUACUUCAUUGGAGUUCUUUUUGGAUCCUUUUUCUCAGGACAGCUGUCAGACCGGUUUGGAAGAAAACCUGUGCUCUUUGCAACCAUGGCAGUUCAGACGUUAUUUUCCUUCAUUCAGGUCUUCUCUACUUCGUGGACUAUGUUUACUAUCCUCCUCUUCUUCAAUGGUUUGGGACAGAUGUCCAACUUUGUGGCGGCUUUAGUGCUGGGCGCUGAGAUCUUUACUGGCAAUGUGCGAGUCCUUUACUCAUCGUUGGGCUCGUGUUUAGGCUUUGCCAUUGGUUACAUGAUUCUACCUCUUGCUGCUUACUUUUUGAGGGAUUGGAAAUCGCUCUUGUUGGCUUCGUCUUUACCCGGCCUGCUUUACCUCCCUCUCUGGACGUUCAUCCCAGAGUCUCCUCGCUGGCUGCUCUCUCAGGGAAAAGUGGAGGAGGCUGAGGCCAUAGUGAGAAAGGCUGCUAAGUGGAACAAAGUUAAGGUUCCGAAUAUCAUCUUUCAAGAUUACAGUGGUGAUGAGAAAAACGCACAGCCUAAAGAAAAAGCCAAUGUCCUCGACCUGCUGAGGAAAAGCAGCAUGAGAACCACAACACUUAUCUUCUGCUUUGUGUUCUUCUGUUCAACAACAGGAUACUUUGGCCUGUCCCUGAACACAGCUCAGCUUCAUGCUAACCCCUACAUCAGCUGCUUCAUCUCAGCAGCUGUAGAGGUACCAGCCUACAUUUCUAGCUGGCUGAUUCUGCACUACCUUCCCCGCCGACCGUCUGUCAUCUCCUCUUUGCUUCUUGGAGCGAUGCCGCUUUACCUCAUACUACUGGUGCCUCAAAGUCUACCCAAUCUCUGUAUUGCACUGGAGAUGUUCGGUAAAUAUGCUUUCACCACUACUUUCUCCCUGAUGUUUACAUACUUGACAGAGCUUUACCCGACAGUGCUAAGGAACACAGCAACAGGGACGUGCACGACUGUCUCCAGAGUGGGAUCAAGCAUAGCACCUUUUGUAAUAAAGCUGAAUACAUACAUAUUAUAUCUUCCUUAUAUUAUACUGUCGACUCUGGCUGUUGUGGCUGCCAUCGCUGCUUAUUUCCUGCCGGAGAGUUUUGGAAAACCUCUACCUGAAACUAUGACACAGAUACAUAACAGAGAAAGGUUUAAGUGUCCAUGCACUAGAAAAGAAACAACAAUACGAUUGGAACAUCUUGAAAGUCCACUUUGACAAUCUAGCACAUCAUUAAUGAAAGUUAUAUGUGAAUAUCGCUUUUGAAUUGUGUUAGUACUGUUAAUAUUUCUCAUUGUUUAACACAUUUUUAGCCAUUUGAAAACAUCACUCUUUCAUUUUCCCAAACAUCUAUUUUGUAACUGAAAUGGUUGAUUGAAAACUUGGAGUUUAAAUCUACUUGUGGAAAUGUAUGUUACCUUAAAAGGGAAGAUCCUUACAAUAAUAUUUAAUAACACAAGUUUUGUCAAAUGUCAAAUAUCUUUUUUUUCAUUACAUACAUUCAUUUCAUGAUAGA